AAGCAUUAUCUUUUAAAAAAAAACACAUCAUACGUAUAAAUAUGGUGGGUACUAUUUGAAAGACAUUUGAUGCUAAACUAUUUAGCUUAACGCAGGAACUAAUAAAAAUACUAGAGUUUCCAUACCGGGCAUGUUUCCGAAGCGGACCGCCAGCUGUCAAAAAUAAACACUCAUCCGUUUAUUAAAAGUGGACAGGAGUUGAAGCAGUUUCCACCCGACCUGAGCUUUACAGUGCUUUUAAUACGCGAUUACAGUCGUUAUGCGGAGUACACAACACAACAACAGCAGCAGCUAGCUUUUGACCUCCAUUCACUUCUGCAUCGUCGUCAAACAUGGAGAAAUUUGAAGGCUACAUCUUCACUGCUCUCUGCAGCACCAACUUUCUGAUAUCCUGCCUGCUUUUCUCCAGAGUCACUCGGGAGCAAAGGGAGCCGUACAUGGACGAGAUUUUCCACGUCCCACAAGCUCAGAAAUACUGCCACGGAAAAUUCAACGAGUGGGACCCAAUGAUCACCACUCUCCCAGGCCUUUACCUCGUCUCUGUGGGAGUCAUCAAGCCUGUGGUGUGGCUUGCUGACCUGACAGGCGCGGUGGUGUGUUCCACGGCCAUGCUGCGCUUCAUCAACCUGCUGUUCAACUGCGGCAACCUUUACCUGCUCUAUCUGCUCAUCUGCAAACUGCACCUCAGGGAGAAGACGCGAACAACCUCCCGCCGAGUCCUCUCAGCGCUGUCUCUGUCGACCUUCCCCGUGCUCUACUUCUUCAACUUCCUCUACUACACCGACGCCGGCUCUACUUUCUUCAUCCUCUUCACCUACCUGAUGACGCUCUACGGCUGCCACAAGGCCUCGGCGUUCCUCGGCGUGUGCUCCGUGCUCUUCCGCCAGACCAACAUCAUCUGGGUGGCGUUCUGCGCGGGCACCUUGGUGGCCGCCAAAAUGGACGAGGUCUGGAGGUUGGAGCACACGAAGAAGAGGGAUGAGAAGUCUCCUCCGUCCCAGGUGCCUCUGUCGUUCAGUGGAGCUAAGAAAGUGGUGCUUUUCACGCUGGAGUUCCUCACGUCACCCAGUCACGUGAAGGCGGUGCUGCUGGUGGCGUGGCCGUACGCGGCGGUCGGCGUGGGCUUCCUGGUGUUCGUGGUGCUGAACGAUGGGAUCGUGGUGGGUGACAGGACGAGCCACGAGGCCUGCCUCAACUUCCCCCAACUCUUCUAUUUCUUCUCCUUCGCCCUCUUCUUCUCCCUCCCUGUCUCACUUUGCUACCACCGCGUUCUUCGCUUCCUCCACGCUCUGAAAAGACAGCCUUUGUUCUUCCUCUUCAUCACGGGCGUCUCCUUGCUCCUGGUGUGGAAGUUCACGUUCGUCCACAGGUACCUCCUGGCAGAUAACCGCCAUUUCCCCUUCUACGUCUGGAACAGGCUCUUCCAGAGGCACGAGCUGGUGCGCUUCCUCCUCGUCCCCGCGUACGUGUUUGCAGGGUGGAACUUCCUGGACUCCUUCAAGUCGCGCUCGCUGUUCUGGAGUUUGGCGUUCCUGGCGUGCCUCCUGGCUGCCACAGUGCCCCAGAAACUGUUGGAGUUCCGGUACUUCAUCGUCCCCUACCUGAUGUACCGCCUGCACAUGCCUCUCCCCUCUCUUCCCAGACUCACCGUGGAGUUCCUUCUGUACACGGCGGUCAACGCUGCCACACUUUACAUCUUCAUCAGUAAGACCUUCCACUGGCCGGACAGCACGGCCACUCAGAGGUUCAUGUGGUGAACUAAAGAGAAGUUCCCGGACUCAAACAGGGUGUUAGUCUUAAAAGAGAAUCACAAUAACACGUGACAUCUCAAAAAUCUAAGAAAACAUCCCAGUAACAGGCAAAAAUGGCUCAUGCUUUCACUGCUAUAGCUUACACUGAGAAUUAUUAUUGGUAGUUGUAAUGUGACAAUAGAAAACAUUUUAAUACUGAGUUUGAUGUCAAAGGUUGAGUUAUAUAUAUAUAU